GAGUACCUACAAUUUACAGCGAAUCUAUAAUUACAUCGAUUAAUUCGCCACCUACCUAUCUGGGUGCAUAUUAUCCCUAAAAAUAUGAAAUAAGAGUCAAAAUCAAAAUCAAAAUAACAUAUCACGCCCACCUGCUCUUUCUGUCUGUACUUGUCCUGAUGAGUCUGCCAUCCAUUUCCAUCCGCCGUGAUCCGUCUCAUCGCAUCUCAUCUCAUCUCAUCUCAUCUCUUCAAUCUCUUCAAUCUCUUCAGACUCACCCAUGGCAUCAAUCUUGGCCUGAGGCAGUUGAAAUCUCUCUCUCUCUCUCCCUCUCUCUCUUUUCCAUCCGUCUGCCCUUUUGCCUGUUUGCCCCCACGGCGCCACUCUCCUCUGCACAUCCAUCUCAUCCUUUCGGCGUUUGCGUCAACAAGAAUCGAUCCCUUACAUCCGAAAGAUUCUGUACCUCACACCAGCGACCAGGGUUUGAUUGGCAUCACCGACUCCUCUCCCAUACGUGCUCGUACAUACAUUGCGACGUCCAAAAGGCUCUACAUGUACUACCAAGAUCUCGAAAUCGACUAACAUCGCCAUAAAUGCCGAGCAUCCCACAGAGCCGCUUUUCUACGAUACAAAAUCAACAACUCGUACCCAUUUCAACACAUAUCCAUCAUAUCCAUCUGCCUACCCCUUACACAGCAUCUCCACCCCACGAGCAUUUACAAGUGGGGGUAUUCGAGCACCUCCUCACUUCAAACUCUAUUCGCUUUGCGAUAGUCGCAUCUCGAUCGCACAUCAAUUAGAUUUGCGUUUGCGAGUGGCGUGGAGAAUAUUCCUUCGGUCCAAGGCCGUCUUUCACACUUCACCUCUUUAAUUCAGCCAUCGUUCACCAUGCAAAUGAAUGAGACUUCCAUCAAUAUGAAGCCCGAUCCUAAUCAAGUCGCAUGCGACGAAUUUUACAAUAGCCUCAACCUCGACAAUCUACCUCCCAACCAUAAUCUACAGGCUGUCGGGGCGAAGAACAAUGUUGCACCGGGCCCCGAGGCUGUAAAAACAGAAGUCCCACAAAAAGCUCCAAAGAAGAGGAAGAGGGUGGUGAUCUCGUGUACUGAGUGCCACAGGCGCAAGCAAAAGUGUGAUCGUCAAUUUCCAUGUUCGAAUUGUGUCAAUCGCAACAAGCAAGAUGUUUGUCAAUAUGAGAACGAAUCUGCGAGGAAACAACAAUUGCUAGAUGACUUGCGGUCGUCUGAUAAUACGGAAUACGGAAAAAAUUCACAAGUCGAGUCGGAUUCCGUCGCAAAAGUGAGUGCUUUAGGAUAUGCAAAGUCAAAUGGCACUCAUUCGAAUACAACGCUGGGGAUCUUCAAGAAGAUAGAGGCCGAGGUCAACGAUGGCGCCGCUGUGACAUCGCAUUCCAUAACAACAUCCGAGAACGCUGGACUUCGGGAGAAAUACAAGAGCUUGAUACGACAAUUACCAUCUCGACCUGCUAUUGAUAUGCUUUUAAAGACAUUCUUCCACGAAGUCAACUUCCAGUAUUAUGCUUUAGACGAAGGAACGUUUCGCGAUCAUCUCAGAAAUUGGAACAAUCUCUCUUUUGCAACUUUGAAUAAAGGACCACAAGAAUUACCUGCAGAUUUACAAUUUUUUCCCGCCCUCCUAUUUCAGUGUAUUGCUAUGUCCUUGCUAUUUCAACCACCAGAUCAUGAUUCGAGUUUGGAGUCACUCAAAUAUGCAGCGGGAAUGUCAUUUGAUGAUCUUGCGGCUGACUACAGUGAUUCGGGAGUCAGUAUCUUGACCUUACUCGGCAAACGAAACACUACUCUUGUGACUGUUCAGGCCGGGUUUGUAAGGGCGUCGUACCUGAAAUAUAGUGGAAUGGUGCCCGAGAGUUGGCACUCUCUAUCCCAAACAAUCAAAGACGCUCAAGAGAUUGAAUUACACAAAGAUAACAAUCAACCUCAACGUCACAAGCCUGAGGAUGGAUACGAACACGUUUGGCACCAACAACUUCGGAGGCGAACCUGGUUGGUACUCGCGCUAUGGGAUAUACACCUAGCAUUGGUUCUUGGUCGACCUACCACCAUUGAUAUGCGUGAUCCAAGACCACCUUUUCCUAUCGACGCUCCUAUACCUGCGACUCUUGAAGAUCGACGCAAGACCCCUCCGAUAGUACGAAAGUCUACAGAUAUGCCCACACCUUUGACCAUGCUGCUAUGGUAUGUUGAAGUUAUGGCUCCACUCUGGGAUAUAUAUUACCUUGAGAAAGAUGGACCACAAUCGAGCGAUGCACUCAAGGUUCAAAAGAUGCACAUGAAUAUCAAACAAAUUCAUGAGUUGUGCCCACCCUAUUUCAGAGCCGAGAAUCCUGAUACAACUUGGGAUAAUCAUCCAGAUUGUUAUUGGAUUCCACCUUGCCGAUUAAUCUUUCAAAACGGUGGUGCUUUCACAACAAUGGCUCUUCAUAGACCAUAUAUUUGUCUCUCGGUUUCAAGUCGCCGUUCUGCUCUUGAAGCUGGUCUGGAAAUUUUGCGAGUGCAACGCGAAUAUUUCAAUCUACUACAGACCAAACAUUAUAAAAUGUUUAACCUUGUUCUUAAUACCUUUGACGCUAUUAUCCUCUCAGCCGCCAUUUAUAUCCUACAUCCAUUUGAGAACAGGGAUCUUCUUGACAGUACUCUACAACAUUUUGAUUGGGCUAUGGAGAGAUUUCAUACUAUGAUUGGUCGCAACCCAAUUGCAAAUACAGCGUCGGGUGUACUCAAAGCAAUCAACAUCCGUUUGAAGAAAGCAUUAGGAACAAAUAAACCUCAACCCUCAACUCCAUCAGAUGUUGGAUCCAAUCCAUCAUCAACAGUCGCUAGCUCACAAGCUGUAAGAUCUGGUACUUCUAUAUCCGCACAAUCUUACAACUCUCCUGCAUCAUCCACCGACCCCACAACCAUAUCAUCAGCAAAUUCUGCCAAUGGAAGUCAUUACAAUCUUCCCACAAUACAAAACUUGACCUCACCAAAUCCCAAUACAACAGGUACAUGGGAAUUUCAAGGAGCUAACAACAUGGUGCCGCAUAAUUUCGAUCUUUCUUCCAUUGCUCCUUUACAACCGAUGCAUGAUCUUAUCUUUAAUGAUUUGAGUACGAACCUUGGAGGAACAAAUUAUGAUUUGCCAUUUCAAAAUUUCCAAGACCCAAAUUUGUAUGCGCAACCCGAACCAUGGCAAUUUGAAGGAGAUUUGGGUCAGGAUAGUUUUUGGGCAGUUAUGAAUAAUUACAAUCCUUAAGUAAGGCUUUGGGUAUAUAUUGGGAGGUUAUUUUGAUUUUAUCAUUGUUCAAAAGAGCAGGAGCAACAGAAGGUGUAUAAGCAGUAUCCAUGAGGUGGAAACGAAUUUUAGGUCUUUACAUGGCUCACAUGACGUAUACGAUGAUGGGCUGAUGAUUGGAAAAUACAGAAAGGUUGAAUGGGUGUGGCCACGGAAGAAAGGGGAUGAGCAAAAUAUAGUUCUAUACAUGUUGAUAUUAUCCAGUCUCAUUCUAGGUGAUCACAUCCUAGGUCUAACGAGGUAUUUUUGGGCGGCAUUCGUUGAAAAUAUUUUAAGGGGUAGAGGUGGAGGGUAUAUCGGCAAGCCUACACGGAUAUGAUUAUUAUGCUAUACAUAAUGUAUAUAUUACACGGAGUUAUUAUUAUCUUGUUAUGUAAUUGAACUAUUCAUUAAGAGUUUAUA